AUGAAUGUUGACGUUGAAAGUCUUUCCGAUCUUUCGGAAGUUUCUCAGGCUGCCAGCCAACUGUGUAUGGAUGAGGCUUCCGUGGAGGAGUCUAUCAAAGAUAUUGUAGCCAAAAGAACGGACAUUGACAAGAGGCUAGCGGAACUUAGCUGUUCCCUUCCAGAUUUUAGUGCAGUUGAAUCAAACGCUCGGAGUCUAUCGAGUAUGAUCAACUUAGCUUCAGAACUUGCUUCGGAAUUGAGUAGCAAAAUCCGACAACUGGAUUUGGUCAAAAACCGAGUCUUAGAUUGUGUUUCCAAAUUGAACGAUAUCAUCGAUCUGAAACACUGUGCAGCCGAGGCGGAAAAAGCGCUAAGCGAAGAGCGGUAUGAAGAGGCAUCGGGUCACAUCAACAAGUUCCUGAACACAAAGGACGAUGUUCUCCAAUUGUCUUCUCAACUUAAACAUGAUGAAGCAGCCCAUGAGUCGGUGACGAAAUUGCAUCGAGUACGUUCGAAGUUGGCCGACAUCAUCGAGCAGCAAUUCGAACGUGCAGCCCAGAAGGGAGAUACGCGUACGGUUGAACGAUUUUGCAAACUUUUCCCCCUGAUUGGCCGACAUGAUGAUGGUCUGAAGCGGUUCGCCGAUCACCUCUGUGCUGUGAUCACCAAAAGAUGCAACGGAUUCAUCGGUGUCGCAUCCCCCUCAGAUGUGGGCCCUGAUGCGGAGGCAGGGAGCAUAACUGGCCACCUCGACCUGUUAACACAGAUUUUAGAAUACAUUGCGGAGACGGUUCGAGACAACCAGGUCUACGUGGAAACAUAUUACGGUCCAGGAAGUCUAUUUGACAUAAUGUCUUCUGUACAGAAAGAGUGCGACCGAUUCGUCCUCGCUGUCUUGAAACGUUUUUGCACCGCACACCGUCUUUCCGAACUACUACGCUUCGUGCAACCCUCAUUUACGUUUGGCUUCACUAGAAAAAUUCAGCUCCCUUCGGACGCCCCAGGGGCGUCCACCGUGCCCGAAAGUGUUCAGGCAGAGCGAAUACUUGCAUUGGAAUCCAUAAUAACAGAAAUAGUGUUGCUGAAUACCAGAGUCGAGUUGUAUAUUCGUUUCAUGCGCCGUCGUCUUGUGUCGGAUGCUCAAAACGGAUUCCCGACGGAAGAGGAACGACAAACCAAGCUUAAAGAUAUUUCACGGCUUUUUGACAACUGCCAAACGGUUCGACAGAUGCAAGACCUCAUUGGAGUGUAUAUCUCACUGGAGGGAUACUAUGUUCGCGAGAUGAUCCUCAAGGCUGUUGGCUCGGACGAACUGGACGACUCGUCACCGGUGUUUCGAUUUGCUGAUGAUGUCUUCUUUAUCCUCAAGCAAAGCUUAACUCGCACUAUCUCUUCCGGGAGCGUUGAUGGCAUUUGUGCGAUGCUCAACCACACCUGUUCCAUCUUGUUGGACCACCUUGUUACCGCCACACUCACUCCACGUGUUCGUGCUGGAUUCCCAUCCGGUUGGAUGCAAAACGCUUACAGCUAUGUGCAAAGCAGCGUGGCCGCUGUUACACCAGCUGUAGCAACAUCAGUCGUCACGUCUAACGCGAAUCCCAACACAUCGUCCGCCGCGGCUACAUCUAGCCUGGGCAGCUCGGGAAAUAUCGCCAGGCAUCAAUUCUUGGUUACGCUGAACACUUUGGAGACAUGUUCAACCAAUUUAGGAACUCUCGUGACCAAUGUCGAUCGAAGCCUGGUCUCACUGUUUGCCAAAUCUGACAACGCUGCUGCGUUGCAGAAGCUACAGGCCUGUCUCACGGAGCUAAAGCAUUCUUGCUCCGAACAACUCAAUCGGCUGCUGGAUUCUGGUUUCGAUCAACUCACAACCUCAGUGCUGAGAGCUCAAGUGAACUCUAUUUUGCAGCCGUUGGGUUCGACACGAUAUGACAUAACCGAAGAAGAUUUGGAUGUUUAUGCGGCCAACGAUCCGUGGGUAGAGGCAUGUGUGGCAGGUUUGGAGACUUUUCUCAAGCCAUUCCGAACCGUUUUCUCACCAGGAAACAACGAUCGACUGGUUUCUGUUGUGGCUGUUGAAGUUGUUCGCCGAUUAGAGACGCUUAUCCAGCGCAAGUCUUACACCAGAGUAAGGAUCUUCCGGCUGGAUUUCACAUGUUUACUAUUCUGCGGCUACUAUUCACUGAAUAGAUGCGGUAUGAAAUGCGUACAUUUAUCAACUUCACACUUAAGAGGCAUCACUUAA